ACAGACGCAGAUACUCAGGUGGCACCAACAGACGCAGAUACUCAGGUGGCACCAACAGACGCAGAUACUCAGGUGGCACCAACAGACGCAGAUACUCAGGUGGCACCAACAGACGCAGAUACGCAGGUGGCACCAACAGACGCAGAUACGCAGGUGGCACCAACAGAGGCAGAUACGCAGGUGGCACCAACAGACGCAGAUACUCAGGUGGCACCAACAGAGGCAGAUACUCAGGUGGCACCAACAGAGGCAGAUACGCAGGUGGCACCAACAGAGGCAGUUACUCAAGUGGCACCAGCAGAGGCAGACACUCAGGAAACAUCAGCAAUAGUUGUCCCACAGGAUGCAGGAGAGACAGUUAUCCAAGAAACACCAGCUGCUGUCCCACAGGAGGCAGCAGAGACUUUCACCCUAGAAACACCAGUGAUGGAACCACAAGAGAUGAAGGAGACAGUUGCCCAGGGGGAAGUAAUUGAUGUCCCACAGGAAGUAGCAGAGAUAGCUACCCAGGAUGCAUCUGGAAUAGCCACCCAAGAAGCCCCAGUGACCACACUUGAGGAGACUGUGGAGGCUGAUAGCCAAGUGUCAGCAGGGAAAGUUUUACAGGAAUUGUCAUCUGAUGAAUCUUCCCAACAAAAUUCAGAGACAGAAAAAUCCGACACAGAAAACAUAGAACACGAUGUGCCUUAUUUCAGGAACCUUGUGGUAUCGCAGACUGAAAUACUAAACAACCUGUCUGAUGUCUGGGAGACAGUUGUACCAACCCUCAGUGAAGAAGUUGAGGGUGACGUCCGCACAGUUAUUGGUCAAGCUAAGCUGCUCAUUUCACAGCGUUUCCAUCAAUUCAUUGGUUUGGUUGACAACUGUGAAUUUAACACUGGCGAGAAGACCACCACAUGUGAAGAUUUGCAAGGGUUUUGGGACAUGGUAGAUUUCCAGGUGGAAGAUGUGAAGAAAAAGUUUGCUGAUUUGCAGAAAUUGAAAGACAACAAUUGGCAGACAGAAGAUAUUCCAUCGACCAAACCUGUCAAGAAAAUCAAGAAAGCAAAGCCUGUUCCAUCCAAGGUUUCAAAAGCGAAAGGAAAAUCAAAAUUUGCCCAAUUUCUGGCACAGAAGAAGAAAGUUGCAGAUAAUUCAACUGGAGGCGAUGCUGAAGAAGCAGAGAAGGAAGAAUCGGUUAAAGUAUUUGAUGGCCACUUCUUCAAAGUGGAGAGUCCAGUUCGAUCACCAAAGCCGCAUUGUUUGGAUUCCCCCCGCAGUCCAGUUGUCAUGCCAGUUUUCACAGAGACAACUCAGGAACGGUCAACAGACAUCCAGGCUGAUAUUCAUGAGAAAGAUAACUCAGACGAUAAAACGUUUCAAACAGUUGAGAUAGAACCAAAGGAUAAAGAAACUGAGCAGACAGUUUCUUCUCAGAAUUCUUUCGACUCGGCAAAGGUAACACCUUUGGUUACAAGACGUAGCUAUGUUCCAACUGUACCCAGCCCUCUCCUUCAAGAUAUAACUCCUGUGAGAAAGAGAACAUCGACAAACCGGCGUUCACGUCUGCUCGGUGAGACAGUGAACACACCAGACAACUGUCAGCUAGUAUUGUCAUCUGCAUCAGUUGAAAAGGUUGAAAAUGAUGAAGUGUUUGUCCUCCAAUCACCACCAAGCAGAAGACGUUCUCAGAGAGUCAGCCGGAGACUUUCUGCAAUGGAAUCAUUUCCCAAAUCGCCCAGUAAAGAUUCUACAAACACCGAAGAUUGUGUACCGAUUGGACAGCUGGUUGAUUUGUCUGAACAUGCCAGUCCUAAUUGUGAAAGUACCCUUGAGAAAAAGACCCCGGUAACAAAAAGAAGGUCCAGGGCUAAGGUGACGCCUGGGGUUCAGAGUGGUAGUCGUCGUUCCACACGGAUUGCAAGACUGUCUGUGUUCCAUGUUGAACCAUGUUCUACAAAAGUUGAGAAUCAUGCAGAUAUGAAUCUGAUAGACUUUCAGACACCCAUGACAUCAAAGAGGAAAAGUUUGAAAAGACCAAAGUCUGUGGCAUUUGCAGAUUGUGUUACAGAGGAGGAGGGGAACUGCUCAACAUCUGCAGGUGAUUUGACCACAGUAUUAUGUCCCAUCAGCCCAAAUGUUGAUUGUACAGAGACCAUAGAGCAGAACAGCAAAAAACUACAGAGAUUUGGAAAACUGAAAGUUGGCUAUACACCAAUUCGUUCUCGGCAAAACCGGAGAAGUUCUCAACAGAUGGAGGAAGACAACUGAGAUACUUCGAGUUCCUGCAACACUUAUUUUCCAUUCAAAAUAAUACACAAGGCCCUCCAUAUUUUCUCUAGAAAUAGUUUCCAAACAAAAUAUGGGAACCUUCAAUACAUUUGUCACAGUGUGAAUGGGUAUGAAUGUGAAAGAUAAAUGUGACUCUUGAUUGAUGAGUGAUUGAAAUCCCUUCUUUUUAAAGAAGAAAAUACCCCAGAUUUUUUUUUUUUUUACAAAAUUACGAAACAAACUAGAUGUUUUCUCAAAACACUGUAUUCAUAAAAUAACACCAUUUUCUAAAUGUA